AGUCUUGGCUAGAAAUAGCGCCAGGCCGCGCCGCGCCAUAUUGUACCAAUGGCGAAUCCUGGAACAGUACUCGGAACAGUCCUUGAAUUCUAAGCAAAGAAGUACUGUAACAGCUUAGCGGCUUUGCGAGAUGAUGGUUGGGUAAUGCCAGGUUUGCCAUUGAUGUUUACAAACCUCAAGUCAUCCAGGUCCUAGAUGAGUCCUCUAGCAAUGGUUCUGCCUUUCACAGCUUGCCAUUCUGCAGCCCUUUGCUAUCAUUUGAAUGUACCCCUUGACUCAUGAGUUCGGCAGAGACUGAUGAGGAUGCAGAUGCUGAAUUUGCAGCCGAAUGCAAGCAGCUUCGCUUGUACUACAAAGUUGUAGGAAGAGAAGAAUGGUGGUGGGUCAUGGACAACAGCAUCGAUGCCAUUGGUGCCCAGUUGAAUAAGCAGGGCUACUGCAUCAUUGACGAUUUUCUAACAUCUGAACAAGCAAAGCAGCUACGCAAAGAAGUAGUUGAAUGUCAUUCUGCUGGCCGUUUGGCAGGUGGAGGUUUGGUCAACGGCCAGUUGCCCUCACCGGAUGACGCCAAGUAUGCCGAUCGAGCCAGCCGAGGUGAUGUGAUCGGUUGGUUUGAUCCGGAGGAAUGGCCACAUGGGAAGGGCUUAGAGUCAUAUCUGGUGAAGCUGGGCACCUUAAUCCAAGAGCUCAGCAGACCAGUGCCUGACUUACUAAAAGUCACGUCGCGCUCCAAGGCCAUGGCUGCGUGCUAUCCUGGGGGCGGGGCUCGUUACAUCAAGCACGUGGACAAUGACGGGAAGCAUCACCUUUGCAGAACACGGCUCCUAACUGCUCUGAUUUAUUUGAAUGGGGACUGGCAGGUCGGUGAUGGUGGAGAACUGGCGAUCUUCCAACACGAGAACCAGACCGCCCUGCGACGCACCGUGGCCCCGCUUCAGAAUCGGCUCCUGCUCUUUUGGUCGGAUCGCCGCACGCCGCAUGAGGUGCUGCCCUCGGAAAAGCCCCGCUAUUCGGUGACUGUAUGGUUGCUGGACAACACCAAGAAAGUCAACUUUGAAGCAUCGGACCCACCACAGGCACCCUCUGUUUCAUUGCAAGCCGGGCAUGACGCAUCUCAGAAGGCAACCUAUUCAUGGCAAUCGGAGCCUGAUGGCUGGACCUUGCAAGUACAGCUUCUGGAUCGUUCUGAUGGAUGUCCCCUCUUAGAAGUCUCAGAUGCUCAGAUCAGGAUUGCCCGGACGAUGGGUCAACCAUUGCUUUGCGUCCCAGUCCCAACAUCAUGUGAAGCACCUGUCCCCAGAUGGUCUCGCAAAAAGUCGUUGUUGACGCUCAAGUUUUCCACCAGGGAUGGACUUCCAAGUGAACUUGACACAUUCGCCGAACAGCUGGCAACACAGCUGGCCUCCCGUGGUUGGGGCGUGCUUGAUGGGUUCCUGCCAGGACCUCAGGCUGAUGACCUGCGGAACUUCGUUUUAGCGGAGAAGGCAGCAGGAAAGCUUCAUUUUGGAAAGAAUAAGCACGAGGGGCCAGUCAAUUGCGAAGCCAAACCGAUGAAAAACGACACAUACACCUUCCUUGACACUGGAGAAGUUCCAGAGUGCUUGCGAGAAAUGACUGGCUUGUGCAACCGUUUGCUUGCCAAGCUGCUCGUAAGCAACCAGUUGAAGGGCCUUGAAGGAAAGAAUCUGUGGCAAGGCCAUCCAAUGCUGGCAGUGUAUCCUGGGAAUGGGUCUGCAUAUGGCAGACACUUGGAUUCGACAGCCGGUGGCCGUGGUGGAAAUGGUCGAGUCUUGACUUUGGUCUUAUACUUAAACCCGUUUUGGCAAGAGUCAGAUGGUGGAUGCUUGAGAAUUCUCAAAGAGUUGGCCGAUACGAGUGGCACUGAAAUAGAGCCUCUCCAUGGCCGAUUGGUGGGAUUCUUCUGUGAAGAUCAGAACCCUCAUGAAGUCUUACCAUGUUGGAGUGAUCGGGUCGCUGUCACCAUUUGGUAUUAUGAUGGCGAUCGCUUGUCGAAACGAUGUGCCGGUGAUGAGAGCAACCUAGUUGGCGUGUUUGAGGGUGGUUGAAGAAACUGGCUACGUACAAGCUUGCAGAAGUCAUGUCGUAUGGGCCAAACCACCACCGUUUUGCGAAAACAGGUCAGUGAGUCAGGUGCUUUGCUGCUUGCAGCGCUCACGAAGAUUCAUGUGAAGAGAGCAUUUUGUUGGAGACAUGAUGCAAUGUAGUGUGGUGGUUGUGUUGCUGGCCGCCAUGGAUCGUGUAUUUCCAUAAUGUUGUUUGCAGCAUCAUUGACC